AUGGCAUCUGCCCCUUCACGUAUCUGGGCAGGUGGUGCGCGGGGGUUCUCCAUAGCACGGCGACCCUGUCCUCAGGGAAAACCCGCGCAUUGUAUGGGCUUCGGCUCAUGCACCGUCCCAAUAUUUUCCGGUCCCGCUCCGGCCACUCUGGCUGGGCGGGCUCUUUUGCGUUGGGACGGAAGGGCUGACCCUAACCCUGAUGGUGGGCGGGGCGUACCGAGGAACAAUGGAUGUAGCUGUAUUUGGUAGUCAUUCAGUCGCUGUAGAUAACACAAUGAAUGCAAUCACUCCUUCGCCUC